ACUUCCUCAGUCCUGGUCCUCUAUUUGUUUUCAACAUGUCGUUUAUUCCUGAUUCAGGACUUUGUUUUUGGUGUUAAUUACGUGUAGGAACACAGCUCGAUAUAUUUUGAUGGCGCAGGAGUGCGGAGUCAGAGUGCUGUGUCGGUUCAGACCUCUGAACGAGUCAGAGGUCAAGAGAGGAAGCAAACACAUCAGAUAUGGAGGCAGUGACACGGUGGUGGUCAGUGGUAAGCCUUAUAUGUUUGACCAGGUUUUUCCACCCAACACCACACAGGAGCAGGUUUAUGAAUCCUGUGCUAAAGACACUGUCAGAGAUGUUCUGAGUGGCUACAACGGCACCAUAUUCACCUACGGCCAAACUUCAUCUGGGAAAACGCACACUAUGGAGGGAAGGCUCCAUGACCCUCAGAUGAUGGGAAUAAUUCCUCGUAUCGCUCACGAUAUUUUCGAUCACAUUUACUCCAUGCAGGAGAACCUCGAGUUCCAUAUCAAGGUUUCCUACUUCGAAAUCUAUUUGGAGAAAAUCAGGGAUUUGUUGGACGUGUCGAAGACCAACCUGGCGGUCCAUGAGAAUAAAAAUCGUGUUCCAUACGUAAAGGGUUGUACCGAGCGCUUUGUCUCCAGUCCAGAGGAAAUGAUGGAAGUGAUAGAUGAUGGAAAAGCAAACCGACACGUAGCAGUAACCAAUAUGAACGAGCACAGCUCCCGUAGCCACAGCAUCUUCCUCAUCAAUAUCAAGCAGGAGCACCUGGAUACAGCGCAUAAGCUCACAGGGAAACUCUACCUGGUCGACCUGGCUGGCAGCGAGAAGGUCAGUAAAACCGGUGCUGCAGGAACGGUGCUGGAUGAAGCGAGAAUGAUCAACAAGUCUCUCUCAGCUCUUGGCAAUGUGAUCUCCGCUCUGGCCGAGGGGACUAAAACCCACGUGCCGUACCGUGACAGUAAGAUGACUCGGAUCCUCCAGGAUUCUCUGGGUGGAAACUGCAGGACCACCAUCAUCAUCUGCUGCUCUCCAUCUUUCUCUAACGAGGCCGAGACGAGGUCCACGCUCCUCUUCGGUCAAAGAGCAAAGAGCAUCAGAAACACGGUGUGUGUGAAUUUGGAGCUGACGGCUGAAGAGUGGAAGAAGAAAUACGACAAGGAGAAACAGAAAGGAGUCGAUAUGAGGGAGCUCGUAGAGAAACUGCAGACAGAGCUCCAUCACUGGAGGAUUGGUGUGUGCAUACCUGUGAUGGAGCAGUUGAGUGACAAAAAACAGGAAGUGCCCUGUGAGCACACGGCGAUCGCCAGGAAUGGAUUAGCAGCCGAUGUCCUGGAGAGCGUUCAGUACGAGGAGAACAUCAACAACCUGUACAAGCUACUGGAUGAUAAGGAUGAAGAAAUUAAUCUCCAGACACAACUGGUGGAGAAAAUGAGGUUGCAGCUGGAAGUGCAGGAAGAGAUCUUGGCAUCGUCACAGCAGGACUGCGCUCGCGUUCAGGGGGAGCUUUGUUCUCUGCAGAGAGACAACCAGGAGAUGAGGGGGGAGGUGAGGGAGGUGCUGGGUGCGCUGGAGGAACUUGCCCUGAAGUGCGACGAGAAGAGUCGAGAGGUGUCCAGCUUGACCCUCACCGACCACAGGCUGAGCGAGCAGCUGGUCGUGAAGAACGAGAUGCUAGAAGCCACUCAGAGUGAGAUAGAAGAGUUGCAGGAACUCGACGCUGUUCAGAAGAGGAGGACGGUGGAUGUUCUGCGUGUGCUGCUCAGAGAUCUGGGUGACAUGGGAACCACCAUCUGUGUUCAGGAAAUCAAAAUGGUGUGUGAGGAUGGGGUCUCUUUAGACGAUGAGUUCUCAGUGGUUCGGCUUUUCCUCACUAAGCUCAAGUCUGAACUGAAAAGCCUCAUCAAUCGCACCAAACAGUUAGAGUCCACCCAAGAGCACGCGUCCAUCAAGAUCCAGGCCAGUGAGAGAGAGCUUGCAUCCUGUCACACAGUCGUCUCUCAGUACCAGGUGAAGAUCAGGUCUUUGACCGAGUGUGUGCAGAAAGCCGAGGAGACGAGGAGAGCGCUGGAGAUCACGCAGCACACGCUUGAAGAAGAAUUGACCACACUUCGUACGUACGAAAGCAACCAGGAUUUGUGUGAGCUGGAGAAAAAGAAAGAGCUCCUAAAGAUAAACCGAUCGCAGCAGAGCCAGUGUCCACUGAUUGAGGGUCCUAGAGAGACUCCAUCAGAUAUGUUGGUUCAAUUACGUGAGGAGUUCAACAACAAACAGAAGAUGCUGAACGAACUAAAGGAGUUAAACGAGACUUUGGUCCUGGAGCAGAAAAGGCUUCAGUUUGAAUAUGAAACCCUGAGGGUUCAAGAGCAGGAGAAAGAAAUCAGACUACAGGAACUAACCAUGUCUAAUGAGAAGAUGGAGAACAUCACUGACGAGCUGAGAGACUUCGAAGAGACACUGGCUCGACAGCUGCAGUCUUUACAUAAUUUGAGGAAGAUGUUUGUGCAGGAUCUGACCACACGUGUCAAAAAGAGCAACGGGCCAGACCGUGAGGAUGGAGGAGGCCGCGUGUUACAUAAACAUAAGAUCUCUUUCCUGGAGAACAAUCUGGAACAGCUCACCAAAGUCCAUAAACAGAUGAUGCGAGAAAACUCAGAGCUGCGCUGUGAUCUUCCCAAACUGGAGAAGCGUGUGUGUGUGAUGACGGAGCGAGUGAAGGCUCUGGAGUGCGCACUCAGAGAAGCCAAACAGAGAGCAUCACGAGAGCGUAGCCUCUACAGGCAGGAGGUGGACCGCAUCAAAGACGCAAUACGAGCCAAGAACAUGGCCUGCUGCGGACACGCCACUCUGACCGCUAAGCCUAUUCGUGCUGGCCACCAUCACACCUUCUCUGCUGGGAGAGGAGGACCGAUCGUCUAUAGCUAUCACCAUGUUUAAGCUUUGUGUUGUGUGUUUGUGAGUAUGUGAGGUUCAGUGAGUGGGUGUGUGUGAGUGAGGGUUGAGUGAGUAAGGGUGAGUUUGUGAGUGAGGGUUGAGUGAGUAAGGGUGAGGGUGUGUGAGUGAGUAAGUGAGGGUGUAUGUGAGACUGUGUGAGGGUGUGUGUGGUCACUAAACUGACUGUAUUCACUGCCUUGUGGUUAAUGAUGGGAAUAGAUGGUGCAGAUUUCCGGUGGUUUCUUCACAGCUCUGUCUCCAUGUGAUCUUCACUCUAUGAAAUUAAAUUUCUUUGUUUUUUUUUUCAGAAGUGUGUUUUCUCUUUAUUACAGAAACCGCAGAAGCAUGGAUGAAAUCUGUUCAGUAUUUUUGGAAGGAGUCCUAUGUUUCAGUGCUUCAUAACAAGGGCUUUGCCUCUGAAAACAGCACUGAGGUUUUUAUUCUGUUAUUUACUGAAGGGAAGAUUCCAGAAUGUUCAUUAAUAGCAAUCUUGCACGCCUGAGUCGACUCGGAGCAUUAAAUAUCUGAGUCAGGUGUAUUACAGCAGGAAUAUAUUGAGCUACAUGCACAUGGGUGUGAGAUCCUGGCUGCUGUU